AUGGUGCCCCACUCAGAGGAGGCCCAGCUGCUGGUCGAUGCCCAGGUCCGCGAAGCGCGAACUAGCCGAGGAAAAUGCCGGUGGUUCGUUUCUGGCGCGGGUCUAGGGCUGGUCAUUGUGGCGGGCUUGGUUACAAAAACCAGGUCCCCGUCACUUGUAACUUCUGGCAGUGAUACCGACACGAUCACCAUGGACGAUGCCACCAGAUGGGAAAACCUCCCCGGCAUGGACAAGAUCAUCCAGAAGGCGGAACAGUUGAAGGAGCAGCAUCCCCUGCGAAAUCUCAGCGACCUCUUUUACACCUCCCAGACAAAGGAGCUGCCACGGAUCCGGACGGAGUGCGUUAUCGACACCGUCCAAGCGACGGCCUACCUCGCGCAGGCCGUGGUUGCCUUGUACAAGGCCAUUGAUUAUGAUGGCCUUGAGUGCCUAAACAACUCGACCGUCGGCUGCGCGGCCAGUGUGGCUGGCUUCACUACUUCCAUCUCUUGGAUUGCUUCCUAUUUGUCCUUCGCAGCCAACGCCUGCGGGCAAGCAGUGAAUUCGGGAGCUUUGUGCGCCGGCGAUUUCACGGCGCUGAUGGCUAACUUCGGCGAGAUCGCCACCGUUGGAGCCGCCGUGCAAGCAGACUGCAAGCUCGAGAAGGAUGCCGCCACCAUCCUGACGAAGGAGUCCCCCGCCUCAAGUCGCAAUUGGUUACGGUUCCUUCCUGACCGUCUCCCUGCUGCACGCGCACAGACGCAGCCGGCCUUGCUUCCGCCCCCAGUGCCAUCACGUUCGUCGUGUCCGCCACAAGGCUUCCAGAGCGUGGCCCGGCGUGAUAGAAAGUGCAAGCUUUGCUAUAUAACUAGACCUGUUUCGGGCCUGUGUGAUUCGCAUUGCUUGGUUUCAAUGUCCCCGGUCCUUCGACAUAAGCUCUGA